AUGAUACUGAUUACUAACGACCGAUACAAUUAACGACAAUCGGUCAAAGAAGGGGGGGAGGAGAACCCUAUAAAAAGCCUAAUCAUAAAGCCAAUGAAUGAUCACCAUAACUGCACGUACGUGCUGAAAGAUGAAACCCACUGUGAUAUUUUGAAGAUUGGCAAAAAUGUUAUCGGACGGAGCUCUGCACCGGUGGAAGGGGUAUCCUUCAUCAGCAUCGAUUCCCACAGAUCGGCAAUUAGUCGCAUGCAGGCAUUUAUAGAAAUCGCACCCAACGGUGAGGCGUGGAUCUGCGAUUGCAACAGCACGAAUGGAACGUUUCUGGCGAUUCGUGGAGGGAUGGGGAUUCGUCUGGAGCCCCAGCAUUACUACCAGCUGAGCCCAAACGCGGUGAUCACCUUCGCGGAUGUCGAGCGCAGGUUUGUCUUGCUCGGGGAGGAUUCCAAGCCCUCUCCGGCGGCCGCGGCUCCUGUGAUCACGGAAGAGGCGAAGAGGCUCACGGGUAAUCGGGGUUCUGCGGGCGAGAUCUCAGCGCCAGUGACUGGAAACGCGGAGACUUCCUCAAACGGGCACCUCCGCACUGCCCCUGUCGUCCUUUCAAACGAAAAACAGAGUAAACCAAGUUCUCCCCACGCGCGGUCGCCACGGGAGGUGCCUUACCUGGCAAAGCCCCCGAACGCCCAAAGCGAAACCCCAAAGUCCACCAAACCGAAUCCGUCCGCAGAGCGUGACGCUCAAACCCGAAAACGAGCCCGUUCUCUCGUAGCUGACGAAAAGAAAGUGAGCCCGAAACGCGUGAAGUCUAGCACGCCCACAGAAAGAGAAUCGGAAGGGAAGAAAGGAGUCUUUCUUGGCUGUGUAUCGGGAAUGAACUCGAAGCAGCGCGGGGUUGCACAGCAGGCGCUAAAAAAGCAUCAUGGUCGAAUUGUGGAGGAUAUUACAAAGGCGAAUCUGCUGAUCGUACCGGCACCGGCUACGCGAACGCCCAAAUUCAUUAUCGCCGUCGGGCGUGGAAUCCCGAUCAUCGAUAUCAAACACCUCGAGGAGGGCCUCAGGGAUGGUGAAAUUCAGAAAUACAUCGUGGAUCUCAGCCACCUAGACGUGUAUUAUAGCUCGGAUACGUUGCGAAACGCCAUACUUCGAAAGCGCGAGAUCCCUAUUUUGAAAGGCCUUGAAUUUAACCUUGGUGGGCUGUCUGUUAAACAACGGAGCACGGUUCAAGAGAUCAUUAUCGGGUGUGGUGGCAAGGCAACCUCUCAAAAAGGAACGUCUAUAGUUGAAGUCACUGAUGAAAAUCUUAAUACGUUAUAUGAUUGCAUAUUAAGGGGCCAACGUCCCGAACUAUCCUUAAAAAAAUCAUAA